AUGCUUCCUACUCUGCCAGCCUUGCAGCCGGAUGAAGAAAGACCACCUGAAGGUGAAGAUGCGGAGCUUCUCUAUCGGUUGACUUCAGACCUGCAGCGCUACACCAGAAUCGACGAGCGGUUGAAUGCGGCACGCCUACAAUUGUCCGGCGUAGAGAACGCGUGUCACCCAGAUGACCGCAGAGCCUUGGAUGUUUUGAUGGUUGCAUUGACUGCGGCCUGUCAGAAGCAGAGGGAACGUUUGCAGGAGACCACAGCGGUGUUUGAUCGGAUGAGAGACCAUGCCAGAGAUGCUGACAACUGUGGCUCACCUUGUGCCUCCUGGAGCUUCAUGGGCGUGAAGGUCUGCUUGCAGGCUUGGAAACGUUUGCGCAGCAUCGGUGCAUGGCCAGAAUGCUCUGGCCGUUGUAACCGCUUGUGGGAUGCUGUGCAGAACGGGCGGGUGACCCCACCUAUGGACCUGCGCUUCCUCAAGCAACCUCGAGCAAAGGUUGCUGGAGAGACAGCCACGGCUCGAGUGACCUCGUUCCUCCAAUCCAUUUAUGAAUCAGUGGCUGAAACAUUGCCGGACAUCAGAGACGACGGUGUCAUAACAUCCCUGACAGUUGGCGCAGAGGUGUUGCAGGACGAGUACGCAGAGUCUCUUUCUGAGGAUGGGAGAAAGGCUUUGGCAGCAAAAUUGGCAUUGACAGCUGGGCCUGGGUCCAGAAAGAAAGCUCGGAAGCGAAAGUUUGGGCUUGAGCUGCAUUUGGAGAGACAUCCAGAUUGCCCGUCAAGUACUCAGGAAGUUCGAUUUUUGCCCCCUGGCGUUAUGCGCGAUUAUUGGGAGAUGAUGCGUGGAAUGGACCAGACCAAAGGUGUAGAGUUUCCGCACUUACGCUUCCGGCCUGCUUCACUUCACUCCCAGUGCGCGUCGCGUGGCUAUCUUUCCGAAGCUGUGCCGGUCUCGCUUCAAGGGAUUGGCGGCCCAGGUUUGGAGGCGUCGGAGAUCCGAGAUGAUUACUGGAAGCUGCAGCUGGGGGAGGAGCACCCUCGGGACAUUGUGCUCCGGUGUGACUUUGGUGGUGGCAGAGUCUGCACGGAGGCUGACCGGAUGAUGCUCGAUCGUGUCCGACGAUUUGACCCGCAGCCGAAUGAGUUGAAGUUGCUGGCCGUCGGCUUGGACGAGGUUGGCGUUGACAAGUUUGACAAACAGUCCGUCAGGUUUCAUCGAAACGUGGUGCCAGAGGGUGGGCUGGAGAAGUUCAUUCUGCACACCUACAAGAGUGAGGCGGCCCUACUUGAGCUGGCUUCGUGGUUGGAAACAACCUUCCCACCUGACAACAGGCCCAUGCAAGUUGCGUCCAUGGAUGCUGAGCUACCGGAGGGAUUUCAGUUUCAGUUUCGGACAGACGCAGACUCCCUUCCGGGAGUGGAACGGAUUUCAGUGAUGCUGCCAGAAGCUACUGUUCUUGAUAGCGUGUACGUUGAGUUGCCAAAGCUGACUGGAGACUUGUUAGCGCCUUUCAGCGUUGGCUACGUGAAGGGUUGGCGCAGAUGCUCCGCUUUCCUGAGCGUUUGCAUUGCGAUCCGCGAGCUUCAAGUGGACCUGGACGAAGUUCCUCAGAACUUCAAGGCUGUGUCCAGAAGGGGAAUGCGUUACUUCUUAACGCAUGAUAUCAUUGCCCGUGGAGCCUUCAACCAAGCUUUUACCAGUGCUCAGGGAUCCACGGAGGUGAAGCUUUUUGUGGCCAGACUCUGCGCUGACUGGGACGCCCAAUCAGACAAGAUGCGAAAGGCUUGGAGCAUGAAGGAUGGGAAUGCUAUUCAUGUUUGCUGCGGCAUCUUUCUCCACAUGUUGGAGGUUCUGCAGCAGAAGGCGCCAUCUUCUGAGUUUGCAGGCUUUGCCGAUAGCCUCAUGAAGGUGUUCAUGUGCGGAAUCAUGGACGCCGAGCUGACCCAUAUUGCUGAAAGUUCAGUUCCGCCGGCAGACCUCAUGGCUGUUGGGGCUUUCAGGGAUAAAGUGAAGAGCUAUGAGACGAGAGUGGCGAUGGAGAGAGAGGAUCGUGUGCGGGAGCUUGCUGAGAAGGUCCACAAGGCCACGUUUGACCAGCUUGAAAUACAAAUACAGAGUGAUUUGAACAUCAUCCGCGCACAGCGACCGACUCAAGCUGCAGCAGACAUGGAGACACUUCUGGACAUGAAAUACUUGAAGUCAGAGAAAGUCACUACUUUGCUGCCAGAGUUCAACAAGUUCAUCGCUGAGAAGAACGCAAGUGGCCAGGUGUACAUUGUUGCAGCCAUUGACGCCACCGUGUGGAGUCAGAACGAGAAUGUGACGGACAUGAUUCAAAUGCUGGCCAAUGUUUGUAGCACUGGCUCCACAUGCAUUGAGUUUAUCCAGUUGCCGUUGUUCCACACGCAAACAACGUUGCCGGCCUUACUGAAGCGAAAGCGGCUGAUCGAAGACACCCUUCUCAAGUUUGACGUUGACUUCACUACGGGCUUGACGUUGUUGUUUCAAAAGGAUUCAACAAGAGCAAGCACUGACAAGAGGACGCCUUCGCAGCCUUGCCUGGUGUGUGCUGUUGGGAAGGCAGGGAACAAGUGGCUUGAACAGUCUCAGAAGGGAGUGAACUUCCACGCUAGCAUUGUCAAAGAUCUUCUGGAAGGAAUGACGCUGAAUGAUGAGGACCUUUGCGUGUACAUGGAGUUCGGACAGGCUUGCGCUCAGCGGCGCAUCAACGGCGAACGGCCAUGUGUUGUGUACUUCGGGGCCUCGCGGGAACAAAGUCAUGUGCACAUGCGCCCCAUGUUGGAGGCGAACUUCUUCAAGUAUUGGGAUGACCUUUCCACCAGCCCUUCAAAGACCCGGCCGCGUGUGGAGACCAGCAGUGGCCAAAUCACAGGGUUGUCGUUGCUGAGUUGUGAUGCUGCUGGCCAGCCCAGAUUCCCUGACCACAUCCUUGAGAGAAUUCCCAGCAACGACCCUCACCACAAGGCUUUGGUGAAGAUGAAGGAAGAGUUCCUGAAAGAAUUCCCGCAGCAGCGUAAGGCGAGCGGCGUGGCCACGACUGCUUCUCCACGAGUGAGUGGCGAUUGUGACUUUUCUAUCGAUGAUGGGAAGGAGCCCCUGUCAGUGGAGCGAGUGGUGGAUUUGUUGCUGGUAACGCUGGCUGGGCGGCAUGGACGGCCUACCGUAGUCGUUGACAAGUCCUUUGCAGUGUGGAUUGGGAACGAAAGCAGCGAGCAGCUCACAAUCUCUGGAUUGGAACUGCUGGGCUUCAAUACAGGAAACUUCGAGACAAAGAUUUGCACGGCCAAGCGUGACAGCGGCGGUCUGCCGUGGCGCUUUCAGUCGGACUUAGAUCUGAUUGUGGUUGACAAGCGCAUCACACCGUGGUGCAAGUAUUUCCACAAGCUUGCAACAACGCAAGGGCUUGGUGACAUUUCCGUUCACAACCAUGAAGUACGCCCCAAACUUCGCCCGGUUGACCCUUGUAUGGAGUCAAUGCUUCACCAAAUUGGGCCCAAUCAGUUUUAG